GUGAUAAGAUUACAGGGAAAGAAUGAGCACCAAGUCAAUGAUUGGUAUUGCAACGGCCAGUUGCGCCUGUAUCAUUGUCAUAUCAAUGGUCGCUGUUUGUGUAAUAUUAAUGAAAUAAACAAUUUGCAUGACGAUGUUAUGGAUGAAAUGGGCGUCUUUAGAACAGUUGCAGAUGAUACUUGGGAAAGAAUAGUAAUGUUCCCUUUGGUCCAGAAUUAUGUCCACGGGACACCAGGACCACCAGGUGAUAAAGGUCUAAGAAGUUGGACACCAGGUGAAAUGGGUGAACCAGGACCUGAUGGAGCACUGGAAGGCCAGGAUCACCAGGAAGAGAUGGAAAAGCGAGCUUGGACCACAAGGACCGAAAGACCAACUGGACAAGAGACCACCAGGUUUGCCAGGUCCGGAUGGAAACAGAGGUGCGAUGGUGAACCAGGAGAACAGGGAAUGGAAGGACGACGAGGAAAUGAUGGUAGAAAAGGCAAUGAUGGACGUCCUGGAGCGGCUUUGGUAGGCCUGGUCUACCAGACCAGAUGCUCAUUACUGCCAUGUCACCACGAAGUUCAGCUUACCUAA